GACAAAUGCAAUUUGAAAUGGAACACUUUUUUAUGACAAUAAAAAUUGGAAAAAUGGAAAAAGUCUCUAGAAACUUUAUAAGAAUAGAUCGCAAGAUAUUGGUUAAAGUCUAAAUUAUAAUCUAUGAUAUAAUUAUAGUCAGUCUCAUUCAUCCGGGAUUUACGAAAUUUUUCAUUAAUGGAAGGUUAGAAGAGAGGUGAUGCACAGUUUCUACGGUAAGGCACACACGAUGCAGACUUUGUGAUCAUUAUCAUUUUAUCAAUUAUUAAGGGUUGGAAAAUUUUUAAAACUCCUCAGUACAAGGGUAAGUACACCAUUAUUUUGGUAUUAGCAGAUGUAAGGGACCAACUCUGCGAUGAUAAACAGAAUUCAGAAUGUACUUUGUUCCGCUGUUCAUCGGAAAUGCCGACACUAUUCUGAAUAACGCUCAAGUAAAAGAAACGUAGAAAGCAGCAUCACUGUUCGUUUGCAGUGCCUUCGGGAAGAAAAGAAAGAAGAAAACAGAAAGAGAGGUGCAGAGGCAACCUGCAAAUAAUAAUUAUUUUAAGCAAACAAUAUGCGAUAACUGAAGGGUUUAUUCCUCUUCUUUAUUACAAAGAAUUUAUAGUCAUUGAGUUUUAUAGUGUUACUUACUAAUGGAUAAUUCAAAUUUAUGGUAGUAAACCACAUUAAAAAUAUAAAGAAAAAACACCAGCGGUUUCCAGAAAACCCAUCUGUGUUGCUUAAUAUUGUGUGCUUUCCGUAAUUAUUGUCAAACCGGGAAACGCACCAAUUCAUUACACAUCAUACAUAUCAAUAUAACACCUGUCAUAUCAAGGAUCGUGGAGAAAGUAAUCAAGGACCAAAUGUCAGACUACUUUCUAAAACAUAAACUCAUCAACCUGUCACAACACGGAUUCCUCAAGAAAAGAUCUUGCGUCACUUGCCAUAUAGACUUUUUCAACGAAGUCACCUAUAGAAGAGAUAGGAGAGAGCUAGUAAUUAUCCUCUAUUUCGAUAUAAGGAAAGCCUUCGACAGAGUCCCACAUAGUCUGCUAGUCGGUAGGCUAUGCUCACUAGGGAUACGCAACCCCCUCUACAAUUGGAUAAAAUCAUUUCUGUAUGACAGGAAUCAGACAACUAAAGUUGGCUCAAUGACCUCCAGACCUAGACCAAUCAGCAGUGGUGUCAUCCAGGGGAGUGUAUUGGGACCCCUUCUUUUCAUUAUAUACAUAAACAGUAUAUGUGAAUGUUUUAGUAUAGGCAAGCCAAUACUGUAUGCAGAUGACUUGAAGGUGACAUAUACCUGCACAAAUACAGAUAUCGGCCCAACUAUGAACUCCAUACAUGAAGAAUUAGCAAAAAUGGAUAGAUGGUGUGACACGUGGAGACUUGAGUUUAAUGUUGAAAAGUGUGGAUGGCUCUGCAUAGGCUGUUCCAACCUUGACCUCAACCUAGCAAUUCAGGGCCACAAAAUCCCCAGACUCAAAUCUGUACUAGACCUAGGACUGAAAUAUUCACACAAUCUAUCAUUUUCAGAGCAUAUCUCGAAUCAAGUGUCGAAAUCACGAAGGCUUAUUGGUUUCCUACUCAGGAACUUCUACAGAAACGAAUCCAGAAUACUACUGUACAAGGUUUGUGUGCGCCCACUCCUAGAUUACUGCUCAUUCAUAUUCAGUAGUACACGCAUAGAAGACAAACUGAAAGUAGAAGGAGUACAGAGGUACUUCACGCGAAAAGUACUCGGAACCGAUAACGGCACAAACUACUCUACCAGAUGUGAAAUCCUGGGACUAGAAACAUUAUGGUUAAGGCGACUGCGACUAAAUCUGGUACUCUUCUAUAAGCUUCUUAACCAAAUAGUGUAUACCCCUGCUAACUAUACUCGGUUCUCAGGUAACACAGGAUACAACCUUAGACACACUAAAGGUACAGUGGCUAUAGAACCAUGUAAAACAGCCACCAGGCAAAAGUUUUUCUUGAUUAGGUAUGCCCAAAUAUGGAACAAACUACCUGAGAAAAUGCGACUAGCAAGCACAUUGGCCUCCUUUGAAAAGGCACUUAAUGACACACUAAGUGAGUUUGUAAUUGAUACCAGUGGUAAUUCCCAUGUAAGAGUUUCAGAAAUCAUAGGCCCAUUUAAUGUAUGAACUCAGAGACUACACCUGUUGUUUGUUUUGUCUCUAUUUAUAAUUCCAGACAAAAAAGCAGCAGUCAUGACAAUAACACCCAUUCAACCAAGAGUCGAUCAAACUAUGUCUACCUGAUACAAAGGGCGAACCAUAACCAACAUACGAAUGAAAUAUGAGAAAACAAGGUAGAAACUUACCGCAACACCACAUGAAAAGAUAAAAGUUACUUGAACAUCAUUUAUAAUCCACCAACUGGUCUCCUACCCAAAAAGAAUGCGGCGAUGUUUUAUCC